AUGCAGUCGGAUCAGAUCAAUUGUGAACCGGGUUUCAUUGAUCCCGGAGUCGAUUCCAAAUCUCUGGCACAUCGUGCUCGAAUCGCGGCGGAAUUUCUAAGAACAAUCCCCAGUGAAUUGCACAAUCUGGCUGAGAUUCGUUCUUCAAAUGCAACAGAACAAUCAACCGCACCGACACAAACCACCCGGCUGGAACAACGGAUUACUGGACAUUUGGAUUUGGUGAUCAAACUGGUAGACGAGAUUCAACGGGAAAACCGCGAACGGGAAACCGAACUGUCUAAAGUGCGAGAUGAAUUUCGUCUACUGGUGCAACAAUUUGACCGACUGAGCACUUAUUGUCUGGCAAAGUUGCCCGCGGUAGUUCAAAAAGAACACGAGAAUGUGGCAGCCACUUUGAUCAAACUGCGCUGGAAAAUAUCCGAAUCCGAGGAGGAGCGCACGCGA